CAUUGGGUAACAAUGAUUGUCUUCUUGCAACACACGGAUCCGGAACUCCCUCAUUACCGACGAAGCACUUGGAACUUUUCACGAGGAGCGCUCUCAACCAUGGACCGGGAUUUCCUUGGUUGGCAAGGCCGUUUUUUCUUACAUAAUAUUGCCCAUUUUCAUGUGGCCCAUCAUCUCUUUCCAAAAAUGCCUCUAUCAUGCUCCUGAAGCCACGCUAAUAUUAAAAGAAGUACUGGGUGAUCAAUACCACGCCUCCUCAGAACCAGUGUUUUCUGUUUUAUGGCGAAAUUACCACCUCUGUCAGUUUGUGGAGGACCAUGAUGAGGUCGCUUAUUACAAAGACAGGCAGGGCCAGAAUCGGUUCUUGGAUGACUUUGUUGCACACUCCGGGGGUUCGAACGCGGCGUGUGGGCAAGGGCGCUAAACUUGGACCCUUAAACACUAGAGCUUCCCUAACCAAGCGGUUCAUAGGGGGGGUCUAUCUUACACGAGACUCUAACGUCUUUCUCUUU